AAUCCCUUGACAAUCUCAGAAAUCAAAGCUACUAAAAAAAUCCAACUCUGCCACAGCUAUAUAGCCAUAGGAGCUUUCUAGUAUAUAUUUCUCAAUAAACACUUACUGCUGCAAAGAGCAAAGAGGAACAGGUCACUCUCACUCAGUCACUCCCCAUUAAUCUCAUCACAUUCUCAACAUCAAAAAAUUCUUCUUUUGCUUCACCAUUUGCAGGUACAUAUUCUCUCUCUUAAAAUAAAACACAAAAAAAAAAAAAGUCAGUAAUUAUACCAAUCACCAAUUCAGAGUUUGUUUCCUUUCUUUCUUCUUUAUUUUUAUUUUUCCCCUUCAAGGUUGUUGUACAUGUUUUCAUUUACAGUAACUUCAAAAGUGAAAAAAAACAUCAACAAAGAAAUUAUUCAGAUCAUAAAAAGACUGUUCCUCAACUGUUGUCGAAAUUAUAAGUAUAGUAACUCUAUAUCUCUCAAUUAACCUCCAUCUCCUCAACACUCUCACUCUGGUCACUGUCUUAGGAACCCUAGAACGAACCACAACCCAGCAAAGUAUUGUAGGUUGUAGCAAAAAAGAAACACAAAAGUCAAAACAACCUUGGAUCUGAAAACCUUAAGGGUCAAGCUUCCCCAUGGAUUCAAUUCAAGAAUUUAUAGGCACAUGUAACUCUGACAACACCUGCAAUCUCACCAAUAACACCACCGUCACCACCUUAGCCGCCAGUGCUAGCUCUUCCUCAUCACCUUCUUCCACCGCCACCAGCAGCCGCUACGAGAACCAGAAGCGCCGUGACUGGAAUACCUUUGGUCAGUACCUCAAGAAUCACCGUCCCCCUCUUUCCCUCUGCAGGUGCAGCGGUGCACAUGUUCUUGAAUUUCUCAGGUACCUUGAUCAAUUUGGCAAGACAAAAGUGCACACACCGAUUUGUCCCUUUUAUGGUCACCCGAACCCUCCAGCUCCUUGUCCAUGUCCUCUUCGACAAGCUUGGGGAAGCCUUGAUGCUCUCAUAGGUCGUCUUCGUGCAGCUUUUGAAGAAAAUGGAGGCAAACCUGAGAACAAUCCAUUUGGAGCUCGAGCUGUGAGGCUCUACCUUCGUGAUGUUCGCGAUCUGCAAUCCAAAGCAAGAGGGAUUAGUUAUGAGAAGAAGAAACGAAAGCGUCCACCACCACCACCACCACAACAACAACAACAACAACAACAAUCGUUGUCACUACCUCAUCUUCAUCAUCACCACCAGCUUCCACCACCAGGUGCAACUCAUUAGUGGAAUUCUCAUUCCAUGGAAAAAUCUACUCUCUCUUUCAAAAGAGAGAUUUAUUAUCUUUAUCUCAAUGCUUUUAGAGUCAUGCUCUAAUUUAGUGUCAUAUUUAGGGUUUUCUUUUUCUUUCUUUUUUUCUUAUUUGGUGGUCCACUUAGACUGUUUUGUCUUUGGAUCCUGUUUGCUCUGGCAGAAGCAAAAGAUGAAAAAUCUGGGAUAUCAUGCAUCUGCUUUUAAAGCAGACAGUGCGGUACUGGUAGUAGACUGAUAGUUGGAGUACUGAAAAAGUGUUAGUGAGAGUGAAUGUACAUGGAGACCAUGAUCUGUGUGAGU